CUAUUGUUUGCCACUUGAAGACACCAUAAAUAAAUCGUGUCGACCUUUAGUUUAGCCUGCAAAAUCUGUGGAAUCGAUUUCUUCAUUCUAAAAUCCGAACCAACCUCCAUCAAUAAUUCUCUAGUUGUGUGGGAAACUGUCAUCAUGGCAGAACGCAGAGUUGUCAUACUUUAUGGCAGCCAGACAGGAACGGCUCAGGAUGUAGCAGAGAGGAUUGGUCGAGAAGCAAAGAGGAGACACCUGGCAGCUCGAGUCUUGCCCUCGGACUCUUAUUCUAUCGCAAGUUUAAUUCAGGAGGAGUUGGUGAUCUUUGUUUUAGCAACCACAGGACAAGGGGAUGAACCUGAUAAUAUGAAGAAAUUUUGGCGCUUUAUAAUGAGGAAGGAUUUGCCAGGUGACUCGCUGAAUCAGCUGAAAUUUUCAGUACUCGGGCUUGGAGAUUCAUCCUACCCAAAAUUUAACUAUGUUGCCAAGAAGUUAUUUCGUCGUUUGAUUCAGCUUGGUGCAUCAGAUUUGAUUCCGCUUGGCUUGGGGGAUGACCAACAUGAACUUGGACCAGAUGCGGUUAUAGAUCCGUGGUUGACAUCCUUAUGGAAGGAAGUCCUGUCCCUCUACCCUCUACCUAGUGGUCUUGAGAUCAUCCCAGCUCAUGUUUGUCCACCUGCCAGAUACAACGUGCGAUUCAUAGAGAGCAUGGAGAAUGGAUUCAUGAAAGACAUCGCUGACACACCAAUCGUUGAGCCUCGUAGUUCUGUUGCCCCAAACAACCUGUGCCCAUUCCACGCCAAGAUGGUGGCUAACGAGCGACUGACCGCUCCCGAUCAUUUCCAGGAUGUUCGAUUGGUCAAGCUAGAUGUUCAGGAGUCCAAUAUUAAGUACUCUCCUGGGGAUGUUUUAAUGAUUCAACCGAGAAAUUUGACAUCCUCCGUGGACGCUUUUCUUCAAAACAUGAAUCUUGAUCCAGAUCAGAUGAUCACCAUCUCACAGGGUGACCCAGACGUCCCCCUGCCUCCAUCUUGGCUGCUGCCUCCAACGUGUUCCAUCCGUUACCUAGCAACCAACUACCUGGAUAUCAACAGCAUCCCAAGGAGAUCCUUCUUUGAGAUGCUGGCCCACCAUGCGAGGAACGAGCUGGAGAGAGAAAAAUUCCAGGAGUUUGACUCUGCAGAAGGCCAGCAAGAGCUGUACACAUACUGCAACCGCCCUCGUCGUACCAUCCUUGAGACGUUACAGGAUUUCCCUCAUGUGAGCAGUACCAUCCCGUUGCAAUACCUCCUGGAUGUUAUACCAGCGAUACAGCCUAGAGCUUUCUCCAUUGCCUCAUCACCAAAGGUAUGCUUAUCA